GGCCCCGGCGGUGACGUCACGCCGCUCGCCGUGACGCAUGCGCUCAGCGCGGAGCGGAACCGGCCUGCCCGGGGAGGGAACCGCGCUCCGUGAGGAAGCGAGCCGGCGGCCGGGAGGUAAAGGCUGUGAUGUUGACAAGAGCAGCAGUUAACGUCUUGCUCCACUGGACGCCAAGUUGAUGGUUUAUUUGCAAUUUAUGAAUUAUUUUGAAGAUGAGCAAGGUGUGUGCUGUUUUUGGAGGAUCCCGUGGCAUCGGCAGAGCUGUGGCAGAGCUGCUGGCGCAGAAGGGCUGCCGCCUGGCCAUCAUUGCUAGGAACCUGGACGUGGCCCAGAGCGCUGCCCGUGACCUUGGGGCAGGACAUCUGGCACUUAGCUGUGAUGUAUCCAGUGAAAAAGAAGUCCAAAAGGCUUUUGAGGAGAUGCAGAGGAAUUUGGGUCCUAUUAACUACUUGGUUAAUGCAGCUGGGAUCAACAGGGAUGGUUUGCUACUGAGAACCAAGACUGAAGAUAUGAUAGCCCAGAUUCACACUAACCUUUUGGGAACAAUGUUGACAUGCAAGGCUGCUUUAAAGGUCAUGAUUCAGCAGCAGGGAGGUGCUAUUGUCAAUAUAGGGAGUAUUGUAGGACUUAAAGGCAACUCUGGUCAAAGUGUGUAUAGUGCUACCAAAGCAGGAUUAGUUGGAUUUUCACGCUCUCUUGCUAAAGAAGUAGCAAAAAAGCAAAUUCGGGUCAACGUUGUUGCUCCAGGCUUCAUUCACACAGAGAUGACAGCUCAUUUGGAAGAAGAUCAGUUGAAGAAAGCAAUUCUCCUUGGAAGAUUUGGAGAGCCUCAUGAAGUUGCACAAGCUGUUGUCUUCCUUCUAGAAUGCCCAUAUGUUACAGGGAGUGUUCUGGUUGUAGAUGGAGGCUUGCAGCUUAUGACCUAAGUUCUACCUUGAAUAAAUGACUGCUUUAAUGUCAUGAUGGUAAUAUAUAAAUAUAUAUUAAAUAAAGGGAGAGGGUUGGAAAUUGUUUGAAGAUUGAUGUACAUAAUUGACUUGGUCUUACUUAGUCAGAGAAGAAAUUCAGCAGCAGUGAAGUGCAACGUGUGUGAUUAGCUGCCUGAAAGUCUGUUUGGUAUGACAAAGUCUGUGUAUGAAGCAAUUUGAAAAAGAUCUGGUUUUGAUACAGUGAUAGCUUUAAUAAUGUAUUGAUACAUUUUUAAAGCACUGGUUUUUUUAUAAAGUCCUGUUUGCUGAUUUGGGAUAGAAUGAGAUUUUAUUUGAAUUAUCGUGUUACACAAAGGUUAAUAAAGUGCAGAGACGUGUUUAUUGGGUGGCAGGUAUGAUUGCAUCAAGUUUUUCAAGUAGGGCAAAGAUUUGAAUGCAUAGUUUUGCAUUCUUAUCAGUUAGUCCCUACAAAGUAGCAAGGAGUUUCCUUUGAGCUUUGUUUGUUUGUACCUAACACUACAAAGCUAGGAACUUCUAGAUCUUCAGCAUACCUGAAUUGCCUUUAGAAGCUUUAAUUAUAUGCAAUGUGUUUUUAUAAAGUCAAAGCCCCAGUUCCAUUCCUGAAUGUAUGUGCAGCACUCACUCAAUCCAGUGUCUCUUGUAUGUGCCCACUGAAGGAUUGCUACAGCACUGGAGCUGCUAAUCCUGUCAUAUUCUCAGCUUGAGCUGCACAUGCACUGCUGAACUCUACAGCUGCAGACCUUGCUCUGUAAGACGCUUUACAAGGACUCAGUAGAUGUUUAGAACAGGUAUCACUUCCAGAGCACGAAGUCAAGGUGUUUUGUGUUUUGCUCUGUAUCUUCAUGAACACUCAGUUCCGCUGUUAAGUUGAUGCUCCCUCAUAUGUGAGUAUAGUCAAUAAAAUGGCCAUUUAUUUUAUUCGAAGCG